AAUAGCAAGUCUUAGAAUCCGGUGUCACACCACAGCUGUAGUGUUGGGAUCAAGUGUCAAUCUGUUCGUCUUCAGUAUGAAGCUAUGGUGUGAGACAGUGACGUUUUGAGUGUAUGAUCAUCUUGUGCUGCAGUGUGUGUCUUGUAUUUUUUUCUUCAAGAGCAAGUUGUCAUGCAAACUUUAGUUUGGGCCUGGCAUUUUGAGUUUGCUGCAUUGCUCUGUGACACUCUGCACUCCCCUUUUCACUUAUCCCUUGGUAAAAAGCCGCCUGAUCCAUUCACUCAGAAAAGAGAGACUUUGGCUGCUUAGCAACAGUGAAUACCAUGUAAGCCUGACAGUCUGUUGCCACUCCCCCUCACUGGGCUUGGCAAGGAUAAGGUGACACGUUCAUAUUUUUGUUAACUCGGAUCUGGGCAGCCUCUGAUGUAACCUCGGCCACAAGUGGCACAUGUCAUGUUGCCAUUUUACAAUUAGUGAUAAAGAGGAGAUAAGUCGGCAUGGGGGACACCCUCGCUCUGUCACUCAGACUGUGUCAUUAGUGAUGCACGGUUGGCUGUGAACACGAGGAGGGAGCUGCGUCUGGACUGGCACUGUUAGAGUCUCACAACUUCUUGCCCAGUUGGUGCAAAUUAGCACUUUGGAGGAAAAGCGGCAGUUCUUUGCAGAAUAAUUUGAGGCUCGUGAGACAGAAGACAUGAUGGUGGGUUUGAUACACCAAAGGAUACAACUUUUGGCAAUGUUCUUCCACACUGGGAAUCGUAAAGAUGCUCACUGAGGCUCAACUUGACUGACAGAACUCAAGAGCUUCCAAGAUAUGUGUCUAUCCAAACCUUCCAAUGCCUAAUUCAACAUUUACGAUGUCUUACGAUGAACGCACUGGGACCGCAGUUCCUCUGCCGCACGGAGACGUACAGCUUGGUCUCACACCUGGGAGUCUUUACGACAAUGGAUCCCUGUCCCCUUCGCCGGACUCUUCCAGUAGUGUCUCUACUCGCAGCGACAGAGAAGCCAGCAGCUCGCCUGACAUCAACAUGCUGGACCAUUGCAUCAGUGAAGGCUUUCUUUUGGAUAGCUUGCAAAGUACCGCCCAACAGAAUUUGUUCAGUGACACAAGCAUGAGUCUGUCCCAAACAAGUGUCACCACAUCUCUGAGUGAUCAUGUGAAUUUUGAUAAUAAAAACUUGAACUCACAAGGCAACCAAGAGACAGAGGAGUACUGCUCUUUCAGUCAGAGCAAGGGAGAUGUAAGCGACAAGGGAGUGACUUCUCCAGACUCUGCCAGGGCAGAGGAAGAAGGUCAACUAAGUUCAUGUGAAGGUUCCCGACAAGGAUCAGCUGAGAAUGACUGCUUCUCUAUGAGCUCUGGAGAAAUGGUGAUAAGGAGCAACAGUUUUUGUUUGGCGGACCAGUCCCUCUUAGUAUUUUCUUCCCUUGAUGAAUCCUCCAUCUCACCAGUCGCAGCGCUUGCAGAAUUUCAUAAUGAAGCAAAGAUUUUUACCACGCCCACCUUGCCAGAUGUGUGUGAGAAUGUUGCCGAGAUGAACACAGGGCAUCCGUACCUUGGCAUGACUUUCACCCUGGCAGACAACUUGGAGCUCCCCGAGGAAGACAAUUUGAGUGCGGCUACCUCUGCUGUACUUCUGCCAGGUGGAACAGAGGGAGGUCAUUUCGCGACUUUUUUGUGCGAAACAUCUCUAGAUGUUAAAUCAGUUCAACUGACAAGUAAGGAAGUAGACGUUUCACCUUUCUCUAGCGCAUUCACUCCAGAAAGAGGGACUACCUUUGUGCCCAAUCCGUCACCUAUGCAAGUUCUGAAUAAAGAUAGUCAGACUUCCACACCGGUACCAAACACUGCCAUUAAAAUACUUCCCUCAAUUUCCGAAUCUCCCUGUACCAAAAGUACAGGCAGUCCAAGAUUAUUACCAGCUGAACAGCAGCGAAAAUCUGUCACUCCUACACAUUUGGCCAUGGGACUGUCUGCCAGCAAGGUCAAGAAAAUGGAGAUUAAGAAGUGUCCUAAAUCAGACUUGAGUAAUGCCAAAUCUAAAGUUUUUACAGGAAUAGGUUCAGGGUCUUCUCCGCAAGACAGACAAUUGCAAGCAAGUUUAUGCAGCAAACACACUGGGACUCCUAUAAGUACGAAUAGCAGAAAAGGAAAGAGUACCAGUGCCUUUGUUUCUGCCACUGCUAAAAGAGAAAACAAUGCCCAGAAACAAGUCAUUCCAAGGGGUGCUCCCUUGGGUGUGACAAUCAUCCAGUCACCAGAGGAUAGUGCGAGGAAUGGAAAUUGCAGUAGUAGCAUAUCCAUCACAGCAAAUGAAACUGCUCAAACAGCAUGUUGCAGCACAAUCAGCACUGAGGAUGAGCAAACAGCUGCCUGCCAAGUGGUACACAUUCCAGCUCACUGCACUGGCGACCAAAAUGUCCGUCUGCCAUCUUCUGAAAAAUCUCCUGAUCUAAUUGUGCAGGAAGAUCCUAAACAGACUCCCAAGAAGCACGCGUCAAACAAAAUUGAGGUCAAGUCAAGCUCAGCUUUGAGCUACGUCAAAACAAGGCCUCGAUGCUCAUCAGAGAGUUUACCAUCUUCAUCACGGCCACCUAAGGAAAGGAUAACAACUGCUAAGCUCUCAACUAACAUAACGUUCCCCAGAAAUGAAAAACAAACCAGACCAGGGACUGCGAGCAACUCUUCUCAGAGUAAACUUGUCUCAUUGACUGAGGGUACCAAAAGACCUGUGGACAACUCCACUAGAGAAGUUAAUAAGAUCAGCCUGGUGACAGAAUCAGGAAGAGCAUCUGGAUCAUCCUUGGAUCGGACUAAGAGCAGUGCUCGACCACAGGCAUUUCCAAGAAAAUCACGAGGGACAUCACUUUCACAUCUUCCAACUGCCAGUCCCAGACCUGCGAGUCAGUCUAUCAGGCAGAGACAAGGAACCAGUUCAAAGGUUGACUUAAGGGUGUCUAAAAGUGUAGGCACGCCCCAGUCCACGCCGAACAGCAUUGCAGCAGGCAGUCAGAGGGCAAAGCAAUCCCUUGAUGCAGUCUCAUCAGCAAGUGUUAAGCCCCAGCUGUAUGGAUCCCGACCUCCUCAGACUCCAACACGCCCCUCUCUUGUGGGCCCUUCCCCUACUCCUACCUCUCGACUACCUCGUAAGACCCCAGUGCCAUCCAGGAGCCAAAAUGUGGGCAGGGAUCGGCAUGAAGCUUCUGGAGGAGCUGGAUAUAAACAAACCCCUGUCAAGACUGUUGUAUUGAGAGCAAAACUCAUAUCAAACCCUGGAAAAAGCAGUGGACCAAUUGUCAGUGACUCUGCUAGAAAGUCUUCUGCGGCCGUACCCUCAUCGAUCACGCCUGCUGCCAAUACCGGCAAAGGAUCUUGGACUUCUACAGCCAGCCCUUUGAAAAGAUCUGCUUCUUCCAGAUUAGUUCAUCUAACACCAAGCAGACCGGUGGACAAGAACAAGUCAAAGGCAAGUUGCCGCCAGCAACCGCCCCUGCAGCAAGUGUCAACAACCCAAUCAAAGAGGAAUAAUGGACGCCCAGAUGUGGUACCAUCUAGGGCCCCGCAGGGUGACAGAAAGGACCAAAGAAUCCAACAUCUCACAGGACUACUCGCAUCCUCUAACUGCAGAUUUGAGGCAGUUACCGUUGUGUUGCAGCAAACGCUGGCUGAGCGUGAUGAAUCCAUGGGGCGGUGCGCAGAACUAUCUCAGGAGCUGGUCAAUCUCCGAGGAGAGCUGGUAUCCUCCGUUAACUCCUCUGAACAGCUGGCAAAGGAGAAACAGGACUUGCAGAAUGUUCUGGACAAUGCCAUGCAGCGACUGCAGGAGCAACAUCAGCAGGACCUGGAAGAGAUGGAGAAGAGACUGCAGGUCUCCUAUCAAGCUGAAUGCGACAAGGUCCACCUCGGCUACCAGGAGGAGGCAAACAAACACAAAGCUCUGCUACAGCAGCAGAUGGCAGAACUUGAAUGCAGCCAUAACGCCAUGAAGCUGGAAUUAGAGCACAGCCAUGUCGAGCAGCUGCAGUGUGCUAAGCAGCAACAUGAACAGUCGCUACUAGAGCUUGGAGAUAUCCACAGUCGGCAACUGGAGUCUUUGAAUGCCAGUUUGAAAGACACAGAAGCUACUCUGACUAAACAGAUUGAAGAGCUGACUCAGCAGAACGCUGCCAUGAUGGAGAAGCUAACAACAGAGGAGAGCAAGAGGAUGGAGCUCGCCGAGAGUCAGAAGGACUCGCACACUGUAUAUCUGGAGCAGGAGCUGGAAAGCCUGAAGGUGGUGCUAGAUAUCAAAAACAAACAACUACACCAGCAGGAGAAGAAGAUGAUGGACAUUGACAAGCUUAUUGAGAAAAAUGUGAAGUUGGAUGAGAGCUUUAAGAGGGUCCAGCAGGAGAACGAGGACCUCAAAGCUCGCGUAGAGAAGCAUGCUACACUGUGGAGGCAGCUGUCCACAGAGCAGGCCAUGCUGCAGGAAUCCCUCCAGAAGGAGUCAAAGGUGAACAAGCGUUUGUCCAUGGAGAAUGAAGAGCUGCUGUGGAAGCUCCACAACGGAGACCUGAGCACCCCACACAAGGUGUCCCCCACCUCUAUGUCUCCUUCUCAGUCCUUCAGCCUCCAAUCGCCUCGUAGUCCAGGAACAUGUUCCCCUCCCCCUCUGUCACCCAGAUAACGGCGGCCCCCCUGCUUCCAGGAAGCAAACAACUCUGCUGAAGUCGCCCCUCUUGGUGGGGACGGCUUCUUCAGAGACACAGACUUUAAAAAAAUGAUGCACACGAGCACUUAAUAAGCAAGGCCACAUCGUUCUCUGGCUGUCAGGUCUGUUGAGGAUUUGUGGGGAGGGGCAGUGAAAGGAAUCUCAGGAUUUGUCAUGGAACACUAUUUUUCUUCCUUGUAACCACUGGAGUCAGCACUCGCACACCGCAUGCACCAUUUCACUAUUUUGUGCACGAUCGACCCGCUCAGCGUCGGUGAUGUCAGUCAAGUGCUGCUCACCAUUUCUUCAUGCCGCUAUUCCCUUCGCUGUUGUGGGAGGCGCAGGGUUGCCCUUAGAAUCUGCAGCCUAAAACCUGGUGGCCUUUCCCUUUUUUUGUUUGGUUGACAAAGGGACCAUUCCACAUUUUAUGUGUGUGUUAGUCUUGUCAAACUUUGCCCUCGUCUUGUUAAAAACGCAGCUUUAAAGCCGGGGUCUUUUGGCAGGAAAAGACUUUGCUUCAGCACGGCAUCUUGGAAUUUGUGUGAAAAUACUAUUAUUGGUGUGAUGACCCUGUUUUGAAAUAUGCAAUUAAUAAAGUAAAGUUUUAAACCUGC